AAGAUAUUUAAAGAAAGGUCUUCUUCUUCUUUUUUCUUUCUUUUCAUCUUAAACUAUUCAUUAUAAAACAAACAAAUGGCUGAAGUCACUUUAUUUGAAAAUCAUCUUCUUUCUCCUGAAGUACAAUCUUUAUUACCUAAUGGUUAUACCUUACGCGCUCUUCGUUCUGGUGAUUAUGAACGUGGUUUCUUAAAAGUAUUAGAAGUCUUGACUGAAGUUGGAAAUCAUACAAAGGAAGAAUGGUUAGAUCAAUUCAAUUAUUUAAAGCAACACAAUCAUGAAUAUUUUACUAUUACAAUUACAGAUGAUAAAAAGGAUAAGGUAGUAGCUGCUGGUACUAUAUUUGUAGAACGCAAGUUUGUCCAUAAGAAUGGUUUAGUGGGUCAUAUUGAAGAUAUCGCUGUAGAUGGAAAUCAACAAGGAAAAAAAUUAGGUUUACGUAUUAUUCAAGCUUUGAAAUAUAUUGGUGCUCAACGUGGUUGUUAUAAAGUGAUUUUGGAUUGCUCUGAAAAGAAUAUACCUUUCUAUGAAAAAUGUGGUUUCAAACAAAAGGAAUAUGAAAUGGCUUGGUAUGUUCCUCAAGGCACUGUAGCUAAAUUGUAGACUCUCUCUUUUAUUGUCCUCCUUUUUGUAAUAGUUAUCUACAUAUAUUCCCCCUUUUCUUUUUAUUUUUGAUUGACACAACAAUUCAUUCAUCUCAUUAUUCAUAUAUACAAAUCAAUAAAAACAUCAUUCAAAUAUUAUUAUUUUAUUAUUAUUCAAUUGAAAUAUCGAAAAAAGGUUUUUGAUUCUUGUAUACGUUCUCGUCGAAGUCGAUGUUGAUUAUCCAAGAGAACCAUCCUACAUAUCUAAUAUAAUAGUUAAAUAAAAAAUAUCUUUUUAUUUUUAUGCAUUUACCG